AUGGGCUUUACAGAUAGAGAGGGAAAUGCCUUCCUCAUCGAUAUCAGUGGAACAGGAGGUUACACAUGGGAGUGGCUUUCGCCAGAGAUGAGGACAUUUAUUGAGGAAGACCCGGACAAAGCCCCAUCGGACGCGCUCUUUGCUACACGGAUCGCUACGGACUGUUGGGCUUAUGGGCAACUACUUUUGAUCAUUGCUAAGGGAAGUGAACCAGGCAACGCAGGCGAAAAGCUACAAGUUAUCUCUAGAGAUUUAACAAAGGCAAACUCUGAAGUGCGCAUUACGUUGCGCAAUACGCUCGCAAUGCUAGAAGGGAAUCAGCCGUAA